AAAAAAUAAUUAAUUUUUUAUAAUUGACUAAAAUGACGCCAUUUCACUCUCUGAUGCUGUUGACAGUCGGAGUCGUCAUGGCGAUGAUGGUCUCCCGGACGAUUGGGGCGCGCGUGGUGAGCGGUCAGACGGUGUGUUUGGGAGGUCCGGAGCGCCCCUGUUAUAAGAUCGCAUAUUUCCACGACGUGUCCAGUCGUGUGGCGUUCAGGGAGGCGGGUCAGGCCUGCGAGAUGGACGGGGGGACGCUGCUGAGCAUCGAGAGUCCGGCCGAGCAGAGAGACAUCGAACACCUGCUGCAGGAGCUGCGUUCAGGAGCAGUGGGCGGAGCUGGAGAUGUAGUGGGUGGUGUUAGAGGUGAAGUGGGCGGAGCUGCAGGAACAGUGGGCGGAGCCAGAGGUGCAGGAGGAGGGAUAGCUGACGGUGAUUUCUGGAUUGGUUUGACUCGAGUGGACGGAGACGAUCAGAUUCAUCCUGAACUCAGCAACACCUUCACUUCCUGUCCAGAGCUCUACUACUGGACAGACGGAAGCCCCGCCUCCUUCAGGAACUGGUACUUUGACGAGCCGUCCUGUGGAGGAGAGGCCUGCGUCGUGAUGUAUCAUCAGCCAACUGCACUUCCUGGUCUGGGCGGGGCUUAUCUCCACCAAUGGAACGACGACCGCUGCAACAUGAAACACAACUUCAUCUGCAAAUACCAACCAGAUAGCCAACUUGGCAAGACUCAGAUUGACACACCAGUUGGGCGGGGCACAGAGGCCACAGGUGGAGGUGUGGUCACACCGUCAGCAGGUGAGAAGGUUCCCCCUCAGGUGACCGUAGCUGGAGCUUCAGGUGUGCUGCUCGUCUACAUCAUCAUUCCCACAAUCCCCCUGCUGCUGCUCAUCCUGGUGGCUUCUGGGACAUGUUGUUUUCAGAUGCUCAGCAGGAGCUCUCCUCAAACAAAGACUGCUGUCGACCAAUCAAACCUGUGGAUCUCUACAAACCCCAAACCAGAUGGCAUGGAGGUCUGACAUCACAGUGACAUCACAGCUCAGCCAAUCAGCUUCACAGCAGGGAAAUGUUGACAUAUGGAAGUUGGCAUGGAUUGGACAGGACAUUGAUGUCAUCACAGCCUCGCAAACACACAAAAACCUGCUUCAGUUACACAACACAUGAAAUACACAAAACAACACAACACUUCAGUCCCCUCCUACAUCCUUCACUUCCUUUCCUCGUCCUACAU